UUUUUAUUUUGGUGGUACGAAAAUUUAAGAAAUUAUUGCCCAUAUAUAUGGGACGAAAAUUUCUCAGCAAAAUUGUGAUAUAUUAUCAAAAUCCUUAUCUUUUGCGCUCUACUUUUAUACUUAAUUUAGUUUGAAGUAACUGAAAACUCUACGGAUGGCUGUCAAGGACUGGAUAUUGAAUAACCUUUCGUCAUUGUGAACAAACUUAUAAUUCGUGCGUAGUCGGUUAUAACUAUUAGUUCAUCGAAAGUAAUAAUGGCUAAAGAGGAAGAUGAUGAUAAUUUACCUGACAAGGAUGCGGCUAAAGAGUUCUAUGCAAAGUAUGAACCAAAAGAAAUUAUAGGAAGAGGCAUAAGUUCAACAGUUCGGAGAUGUGUGGAGAAAGAAACAGGACAUGAAUAUGCUGCAAAAAUUAUAGACCUGAGUCAAGAGUCACAAGAUGGUAUAGACACACAUGUGAUGAGAGAUGCCACUCAUCAGGAAAUUCACAUACUGAGGAUGGUGGCCGGACAUCCUUAUAUUAUUGAGCUACAAGAUGUGUUUGAAUCUGAAACCUUCAUAUUCUUAGUAUUUGAACUGUGUAAAAAUGGUGAACUAUUUGACUAUUUGACUUCAGUUGUAACAUUAUCUGAAAAGAAAACUCGAUAUAUCAUGAGGCAAGUUUUGGAAGGAGUAAAAUACAUACACAGCAAGGGAAUAGUCCACAGAGAUCUGAAGCCUGAAAAUAUACUUUUAGAUGAUCAGCUAAAUGUCAAAAUCACAGAUUUUGGUUUUGCAAAAGUUCUCAAUGAAGGCGAGAAAUUGUUUGAACUAUGUGGGACACCAGGGUAUUUGGCACCGGAAACUUUGAAAGCUAACAUGUUUGACGACGCCCCAGGCUACGGUAUAGAAGUCGAUAUAUGGGCGUGUGGCGUCAUCAUGUUCACAUUGUUGGUCGGAUGUCCGCCGUUUUGGCACCGGAAGCAGAUGGUUAUGUUGCGAAAUAUAAUGGAAGGAAAAUACUCUUUUACUAGUCCAGAGUGGGCCGAUAUUUCAGACGACCCAAAGAAUUUAAUUAGAAGAUUUCUUGUUGUGGAACCGAGCGAGAGAAUACAUCUCGAUGACGCUUUGUCACAUCCCUUCUUUAACGCUAAGCUAUGGGACCAAGACAUGACACCACUCAAGAAGGAACUGUGCGGGACCAGUAACCGAAUGUCGAGGAUCGACCAGCUAUCUAUGGCUAUAAAAGCGAGCGGUUUCAACGCGCGCGCAAAGCUACGCGUGGCGCUAGUGGCGGUGCGUGCGGCGGUGCGCCUGCGACACCUGCCCACCGCCGCGCGCCGUGCGCUCCCCCGCGCCCUCGUCGCUAGAGACCCGUAUAAUGUGCGCGUGCUUAGGAAGGUGAUAGACGGUUGCGCGUUCCGAGUGUACGGUCACUGGGUGAAGAAGGACGAGGGUCAGAACCGCGCCGCGCUGUUCGAGAACACGCCCAAGACCGAGCUCAAGUCCCUGUACGUCAGCAACCUGAGCCGACAGCGCCUGUGACGUCACCACACACCUCCACGCCGCUCCUCCCCACACGAUAGGAGGACGCGACGGUACACAGAAGAUGGACACAGUAGGGUCGUGCGACGGCACAUUAGACGUAUUUUAGAUAAUUUCAUACAAAGACGUGUAUUAUAAUGGUAAAGUAUAAAUGAGCCAAAAGAUAUGAUAGGAAUUAGGUAAUUACAAAAUACAAGGGCGUCAACAAAAACUCUAUUUUAAUAUCAUUUGCCUGUAAACUAUGUUUGCCGUAAAAUCGUUUACUGCGUAAUUUAAAUAUGGAACCCCUUAUAAGUUCUGCUACUUAGGAUUCUUAGACAACUUUAAUUCGAUAGCUUUACAGUAAAGUUGGAAAUCAAAAAUGUAUGAGACGCUUGCGUAGCGCUGUCAAAUACCAUGCAUAUUCUUGUUCAUAACUUCGCUUUAAAAUUUAUUGAAUGGAAGUUGACCAAAUGUUCCAAAGAGCAUUAAUCACGAAUAAUACCUUCAUCACAACCAAAAAGAUCUAAAUCAGAUCUCCAAGAUUAAAAAAAAGCAUAUUUUCUAACAUGUUUAGUCAGUACCCCAAAAUAUAAACAAUACUCCAAACCUUCGCCAUUUUGAGCUUAGUCCAUUGCGAAGUAGGGCAAGACUGCCAGUGCCAUACAAAAGUAUGUUCUAUGUUUAGAAAAUAUAGUAGCUUCUCAUACCUACAUAACACUUGCGCCAGCAUGGAAAGCCUAUAUUAUCUCUCUCUAUCGUUCUUCGUAGUUAUGAAAGAGAAUACAUAAUGUUUAAAACCAAAAGUGAUGAACCAAACUG